UAAUUUUUUGGUAAAAAAAAUAAAUAAAUAAAAAAUCGAAAAAAAAUCGACUUUCCGACGGUCCUUGAACGCCCCUCAUUUACCGCACGAGAACAGAGCAACAAGUGCGUCAGUACACUUCAGCAGCCAGUCUCUCACUGUUUACAACAGAGAAUUAUAACGACAUCUGCUGUAGAGUCCCAACCCCCUGGGACCUGCAAACAACAAUGUCACAAAGAAGGAUUUCAAUGUUUUUUGCUCCAAAAGUGGUUGGCAGCCAAGGAGGUAUGAUAGCAGAUAAGGAUGCAGUCAGGGUUCAUGCAGGAGACCAAAGGGAGGAGAGUGCAAGUUCAGGUACCUGUAGGCUAUGUUAAGAGUGUCUAUGUAACAAAGUCGACCUGGUGAAUUCCCUCUCAGUAUAAAAAGAGGUAAAGACCUCCCACUUGCGCCAAAAAAUAGGUUGUUUUGUCCUUGGCAUAACUAAUAGCACACACGUUUAUUUGGUGGUCAAUUGUGGUCGCAAAUCAGAGGACCUGGUUUCGAGACCAAUGAAGGCAAACUAGCAGGAGGAAGCAAUACUGACGAGCAACACAAUGACACCACUUACAUGUAGUAUUUAACAUAUUUUAGUAACCUAAUUAUAAUGUUUGAAAUUAAAAUUUCUAAAUGCAAUAAUUUGAUAGAAUAUUGAUCUUAAGUUUACAGUAGGCUACAGCUUAACUUUUUUUUAUUUAUUCUUUUAUACAUUUUCAGAGAUAAGGGCAGAGUCAGCAUACAUAGAUGCAGCUGCCAGUGAUGCUGCUGACCAGAGUGAGGACAGUGCAAGUGCAAGUGCAGGUACCUGUAGGCUAUGUGAGGAGUAUCUAUACCAAUAUCUCUAGUCCAGAAUUGUAUAAUAUUCAGCAGUGUAUCCCAGUAUACAUCCUUGCCAGUGCCCAUUAAAAUACAGGUGGCUCAGGGUCAGGGAGCACAGGGAACCUGUUAGGAAAGAAUGAUUUAGGGACACGAGAAACAGGCCCAAAGCAGCCCAGACGGGACCAGUACCCCUCCACUAGUUUUUGAAAGCAGCAACGGUCUUUCCAGUACAAAUGGUUUGAAUCUUUUGACUGGCUGGAGUAUUCUUUGAGCAGAAACUCUUCACACUGUUUCUCAUGCAAGCUCUUUGGGAAACACAACCCUAGAGCCAGCAAAGAUGCCCUCCUCAGCACUGAGGGCUUUAAUAACUGGAAAAGGGCCUUGGAUAGUGCUGUCCACAAGUCAUCUAUCCUGGCCUGGAAGAAUUACAGAGCUACGCUAACAGAAGGCGAUGUUGUCGACCAAAUGAAUGUUGGAAAUUCCAGUCAGAUUAGUGGGGACUAAUCUGACUGGAAUACCUGCGGCGCAUUGUGGCCGUCACUAGCCUUUUAGGGAAACAAGGCAUUGCUUUCCGUGGUCAUGAUGAAACCAGCUCCUCCCUGAAUCAGGGAAACUUUUUAGAAGUAAUGAAGCUCCUUGAAACCUUUGACCCCUUCCUCCAGAACUGCCUCGCAGAACAGCAUGAUCGAAUGUUGUGCUGAUGAAGUGACUGCAACCAUCGUAGAAGAGAUCAAGGCAUCGAAAAUGUAUGCAGUGAUGGCUGAUGAGGCAAGAGAUGGCCACGUUGAACAGCUUGCUGUUUGUGUGCGCUAUGUUACAGCUGACGGCGGAGUCAAAGAGCGUCUCCUUGAACUUGUCACCCUUAAGGGAUUGAAUGCACAGUGCAUCACUGACGCAAUUGAAAAUGUAUUGGAGUCGAAUGGCCUUAAUGAUCUCCUGUGUGUCGCUCAGGCUUAUGAUGGAGCUUCCGUUAUGAGUGGUUCAGUAAGUGGAGUUCAAGCUCGCUUUCGUGAGAAACACCUAGAAGCAGUGUACGUACACUGCUAUGCUCAUGAGCUGAACCUGGUUCUCUGCCAUACGUACAGGGCUGUUCCUGAAGCCAGUGACCUGUUUGAGACAUUGGAGAGUGUCUACUGUUUCUUCAGUGUAUCAAUCGUAAACCAUCAGAGAUUCUCUGAUGUCCAGAUGCUCCUGGGCUUGAAGAAGAGUGAGCUUGUCCAGCUGUCAAAAACCCGAUGGGCAUGUCAGGUGAAGUCUGUGAGAGCAAUGCUCAACAAUCUGCCAGCUGUUUUAAAGUGCCUGGAAGAGAGUGCAACACCUCUGGCAGUCGGAUUACUGUCAAAGCUGUCCAGGUUUUCAAAUGUCUACCUGCUGGUCAUGUUCCGGAGUAUGCUGUCAACUACAGAGGGGCUGCACCUGUACCUUCAGAAGGAUUCUGUGGACUUGGCCCAAGCAACACUCAUUAAAGAUGCAGUCCUUGACACACUGAAAUCCAUCCGAACCAAUGAAAUGGCAGACAAGCUUUACAAUGAAGCAAAACACAUCUAUGAUGCCAACAACAUAUGUGAGAGUCACAGUGGUCGCAGGCACAAGCAGAGGGUGAUGGAGGACUUUACAAUAGAGUCCACCUUGGGUACAAGGGCUCAUCUGGGCACAGAAGACCAGCUGAAACAAACUCUGUUGUACCCAUGUCUUGACCGUAUGGUAACUGAGCUAAACAGCAGAUUUUCUGAUGUGGGGGCAGAGCUAAUGCGAGGCAUUCAAGCUUGCAACCCAGCGGCCGUUGAUUUCUUCUGUGAGGAUUCCCUAGAGCUGAUUGCAACACAUUAUAAAAUGUCAUUGAAAAAAGAGGAGAUCCUGGUGGCAAAGCAGUUCCUUUCUAGAAGAAAGAGAGAAGGUGCCGUUUCUGACAUGGGCAGUGUUUACAAGCUACUUCACCCAGACAUGUUCCCAACCUUGAGCUCAGUUGUCCAAGCAGCCUUGACAAUACCUGUCAGCAGUUGCACGUGUGAGCGGUCGUUCAGUGUACUGCGCCGUGUCCACACCUGGCUGAGGAGAACCAUGGGCCAGGAGAGGCUACAUCAUUUGGCUAUUAUGGCAGUGGAGAAGGAUGCGCUUUGUGGCUUAGACCAUGGUGAAGUAAUUGACCGGUUCGCCCAAGUCAAACCGAGGAGAUACCCACUUGUGCUCAAAGGACAAAGGUCCAAAGAAAGGAGCAAGAAACAGUGAAACGAGUGAAAAUAAAAAGUUCACUACAAACAAGAAAUGAACAAAGAAAGACAAUACAUGUAGAGUAACAGUUAAUAAUACACAGACAAAUGUACAAGUAUACACAAUAUGGAAAGUGUAAAGUAAAGACAGAUAUACUGUAGAAGAAAAGAAAUGAACAAAGACAAACGCAUGACUACAGAAAGAUAAGAUGUUUAAAAGGCUCCUGCCUUUUAAACAUCUUAUCUUUCUGCAUUUCUGCAUUGUAUACUUUUUCAGACAUUGUUUACUAUUGUGAAACUAAUAAAAAAACAUGACUAUGUGACUCAUUUAUUAUCUAAAUGUUUAAUGUUGGUGCUUAUGAAUGAGGCACUUUUUUGUUAAGACAAAGGGAAGUUUGUGAAAAUCUAUAUUUUUACCAUUGGUAUUAAUAAACUGCAUACAUUGUUUAUUUUGUUAUUUGUUAUUAUUUUCAAAAAUUGCAUGCGCAGUUACGUUUUGGCCCUGGGCUAAGCCCCGGAUCUUUCAGAAACCUAGAAACGCCCCUGGCGUCCGGCCACGUUCCAGAGGAUGAUGGACCAGCUCCUACGGCCUCACCAGUCCUACGCCACUGCCUACAUCGAUGACAUCAUCUCCACAGCGACAGCUGGGACGUCCACAUCCGGCAGCUGCGGGCCGUUCUGGGGGAGCUACGGAAGGCGGGCAUCACAAGCUCUUACUUGACUGUUUUCAGUCUGUGUUUUUAGUUUCAUGGCACAUA